AUGGCGUCCACACUAUCCUACACGUUCAGCCCACCGGCAUACUACCCCUCAUCCACAUCCUCCCCAACAUACCACCCCGCACUCCACUACCGGCCCUCCAUCCCCCCAGACUACCUCCCAAACGACGAAUACCGCUACCUAGUCAAGCAACAGCAUCGCUCUCGCCUAGAAGCGCACUUCGCACAACCCUCUCUCUCCUCGACCCGAAACAUGAUACCAAAGACGCCGUACCAAAAGCAAGGUAACUUGAGCCGUGAGCGCCGGGCGGAGAUAUCUGCCGCGAAGUUCGCUACGCGUGCGGCCCUGGGGGCGGGAUUUGAUUUCACUGAUGAGGGAUUUGAUAGGAUGCGGGCACUUGAUAACCCACAGCGGUCUUGGACUAGGCCGGACGAAGACGAGGACUCGGAUGAGGAACCUAUUCCAGCGAGGUAUAUCGCCGAGUUCAACGAGGAGAUGCGGAAGUUUGAAAGGAUGCAUGAUCAAGAUCAGCAUCGUUCUGACGUUCACGCAUCGCGACAUAACCAACCAGGUACGUAUACUGAUACUAAGCCCCUGCCGCCUUACAAGCCUUCGCUACCGCCUCCUGCCCGACGUGACAGCGGAUUCGAGGAGAAGACUGUAUGUGAGCCGACACCCCAGCUUCAAAGUAAGUUCAGCUGGGACAAUCUCAACGAUACCGAUGACAAGUCCCCAAAGCGGCUAAGUUUCUGGUUUCGUCAUCGCCGGAGCCGCAGCGUAGAAGCUACCAAAGUGCCUGAAAAGAAGAAAAAACGUAGAACAUGGUAG